ACUAUCAGGGCCUUACAAGAAGUUUCUGUCAUGGGAAGAUAUACUGCUCCUCAAUUACAGCACGGCUUGUGAAUUUUAAAAUAGGGAUUCCAUGGGAUAGAUUACAGGUCUUGCCACUCAACCAGAAGAUCACCAUUGCUAAUGUUGAUGUAACUUGCUUUGAUGCAAACCACUGUCCUGGUUCCAUAAUUAUUCUCUUUGAGCCACCCAAUGGUAAGGCAGUUCUACAUACGGGGGAUUUCCGAUUCAACGAGGACAUGAAAAGCAUAUGUGUUUUGCAGAGUUGUCCCAUCCACACCCUUAUCCUUGAUACCACUUACUGUAACCCCCAGUAUGACUUUCCAAAGCAAGAGGCAGUGAUACAGUUUGUCAUCGAGGCCAUCCAGGCUGAAGCUUUCAACCCCAAAACUCUCUUUCUGAUUGGUAGUUAUACGAUUGGAAAGGAACGGCUGUUCUUGGAGGUUGCACGAGUUUUGCAUAAAAAGGUCUAUGUUGGAGCAGCAAACUUACGUCUUUUAGAAUGCUUGGGGCUUCCGGAGGCGGACAUGCAGUGGUUUACUAAAAAUGAACAAGAGAGUCACAUUCAUGUCGUGCCUAUGUGGACAAUUGCGAGCUUCAAGAGGAUGAAGCAUCUAUCCUCUCAAUACUCGGGUCGGUACAAUCUUAUGAUUGCUUUCUCUCCUACUGGUUGGACAUUUGGUAAAGGAAAGAAGAAGACUCCAGGGAGAAGGUGGCAGCAGGGUACAAUAAUCAGGUAUGAAGUCCCUUACAGUGAGCACUGCAGUUUCACAGAACUGAGAGAGUUUGUUCAGUUUGUAUCACCUGAGAAAAUAAUACCAAGUGUGAAUAAUGAUAGUACAGAAUCUGCUGAUGCCAUGAUUUCCCUUCUUGUAUCUUGAUUUCCAUUGUGCACAAUUGAAAAUCUUCAAUGGUAUUCAAGGCCUAAUAAGUAUUUGAAUUUGUAGGGUUCCAUA